AUGUCGGGUAACAUUAUGGUCAAUCAAUACACCCCUGUACGAAAGGUAAAUAAACACCUUAUUUACACUCCUCGUCCAAUUCCACCAACUCAGUCAAUUCUUAGUGAACUUUCUAAGAAAAGUCUGUUUUCUGCUAUUGAUAUCAGUAAGGCAUACCAACAACUCCCCUUGAAAGGUGACAAAAUUGGUAUUAUUACGGAGUUUGGCGUGUUUCGAUUUACUCGUCUCCCUUAUGGUUUAGCUUCUGCUCCAUACUGGUGGGGUGAAUUCAUCCAAACCAUUAUAAACAAGGUCAACGUCAAAUCAACUAGUGUCAUUAGAUAUUAUUAUGAUGAUAUCGUAAUUGCUUCUAAUGAUGCCACCGAACAUUUUGCUGUUAUUCACUCAUUAUUUGAACAGCUAGACCUCCAUGGUCUUACUGUUAGUGAAAGUAAAUUACAGCUAUCACAAACAACCAUUCAUUUUCUGGGCUACAACAUUUCCAAGGAUCGUCUCGCCAUUGACGACGAGAAAAUCAAAACGAUCCAAAAUUGGAAAUUACCAACAGACAAGGAAGGAAUUGUUAAGUUUAUUGGAUUUGUCAAUUAG